AUAUCAUUCUGCAGGCACCACUCAGACAACCAGCCAUUUAGUGAUGAUAAUCUGCUAUAAAUCUCAUCACCACGAUAAGCAGUGAGGGGGCCAGAGAAUAUUACAGUGUCUGACAUCAUGCUUGCGAGCUCACACACCUCUUUAAUGUUAUCUUUUGUGAUCUCCGAUUGACGGAGUCGAACAUCAUUUGUGCCGACGUGAAUGACAAUCUUCGCCAACCUACCCCUACUCCAACCCUUAACCUAACCUAACCUAACCUAACAAUAAUAAAAAAAUAACUGUUUUCAGCGUGUCAAAAAUUAUUAUUGACGUGCGCCUGCCCAGUGGAGGUAGCUGUAUCCCUUCUAGUUAAACCGUAAUCACCACGUCCCAGCAACAUCCAUGACGAAUAUGGGAAUCACCAAGUUACUUCGCUGGAACGUUAUUUGGUACGUCGUGGCACCGAAUAUGGUCCAGUCCAGGUACGUCAUCAGGACGUAACUGUGUUAGCUGGGUCGUUAUUUUUCUAACUCGUGAAGCAGCGCGCAAUUACAAACUACCUGCAACAGCAGCACCAACAGGCUUGACAUAGCUUACUCCAAAAUGUAAACUAAUAACUGCUUGUAACAGGUCUGCUUCCAGCGUCCAUAAUAACGAAGACUUGAGAGAACAACUCAUGUUAUCCCCAAACUGUAGUAUAAUCCAUUAUAAGCAAUUUAUGACAACCUUUUACGGUUGUAUGUAGCAUAUUUAUGGGAUAGGCUACAUAUAUUUAACUUCAACAUAUUACAGCUUAACAUCAGGUCGAGAGCUCCCCAUGUAUUACACUGCCCUCUAGUGUCCGAUAGGCUACCACUGGUGUGUGAUCUGAGAACGCGCAAGAAUGGAUAACCGGCUUUUAAGCAUAUGACUAAUUUAACGGUCUUUACAAGCACAUUGUGCGUUUAUACGUCACGUGGCACAUACACUAAAUGAAACAUAAAUGAAUGAAUAGAGAUCUAACACAAUUGUCCUCUAUUGUGUCAGCACAGCAGCAAAGUAAAAGCGUAUUGUUUUCUGUCAUGAAACGCCACUAACUCAAACUCCGGUAUCAAGGAGUUGACAUAAAGAGAUGUUAUUUCGUAAUAACGGAUUAGUAUUUCGUUUUUACGGAUUAGUAUUUCGUUCUAACGGAUUAGUAUUUCGUUUUAACGGAUUAGUAUCUCGUUUUAACGGAUUAGUAUUUCGUUAUAACGAAUUAAAAUUUCUUGUAAUAUCUCGUUUUAACAAAUUAAAAUUUCUUGUAAUAUCUCGUUAUAACGAAUUAAUAUCUUGUUUUAACGGAUUAAUAUUUCGUUAUAACGAAUUAAUAUCUCAUUUUAACGGAUUAAUAUGUCGUUAUAACGAAUUAACAUCUCGUUUUAACGGAAAAAUAUUUCGUUAUAACGAAUUAACAUAAUUUUUUAUCACUUGCGGUUCAGAGCCACCAUACUAACGAACUUCACUAUUGCUGAUCGAUGUGUUUGUUUCUCUAGUGGUUAAACAAAGUAUUUCAUUUAUAAAUAUGUAUGAAUUUCAUUAAGUUCGAUCGAUUUUUUUUAUUUCACUAGUGUUCGUAAGAUGUAUUUCAUUGAUACAUAUGAAUGCAUUUCACUAAGUUCGAUCAAUGUUUUUAUUUCACUAGUGUUUGUAAGAGGUUUUUCAGUAAUGCAUAUGAAAGAAUUUCACUAAGUUCGAUCGAUUUUUUUAUUUCACUAGUGUUUGUAAGAGUCAUUUCAGUAAGGCUUAAACGGCCCCUCAUAAAAAAACAACAGGAAGUCAAAUUUAAAAGACUUCCCUGAUUUCAAGGAAAACGAAAAUGCAUGUUGUGACAGCAUUCUUCAAUGGGAAUAACCAUAUUCUUCUGAAAAACCCAAGGUUAGGACGUAGUGGUAUGUGGCAGGGCUGAGUAUUACAGCACAAACAUUUUAAACAUAGAACUGAGAUCACACAAACUAAUAUGAAUUAGACACCUUAUAGACAUCUCCGCAAUCAUUUUUAUUGAUUUUAUUUUUAAUCCUUACAUAAUUAAAUCUUAAAUAUAUUCAUUCAAUAUUUUCUGUUAUAAAUGUUCUGUUGGUUGUAUUUUGUUCAAACGUUUGUGUAGUCUUAAAAAACUGAAACAAAGUUCUUCUGGACCAGUGUCGAACCAGCGCUGUAUACGUCAUCCGAAGUAGUCUAUAAGGAAGAGACUGCCAUGAGAUUGCUGUUCAACUUAACAACGCUUUUAUUGAUUUUACUGCUAAAGAUGAAAAAAAAACAAAAAAUUGUGAUUUAAAAUAUUUUAAUAUCAACCAUAAAAUUUCAAUCUGGCACGAAAAGAGACAGCGGAGUAAAACAUUACAACUUUAAGUACCGGUAAAAAAUGACUUGCAGUAGAGAUAAACAAUAAUAUGUUAUCAGUUUUAGCAACCGUUAAAUGGUUAACUGACUUUGGAAUGUUGCGACUGACCAAUCAGAAUCAAGUAUUCUACUAAAACUCAAUGACUAAAGCGAAAAAGCAAAUUAAAAUGGUUCACGAUGUUGGUCCUUUUUUGCCACACAUUGUCAGCACCUUAGCUAAUUUUAGUAUACGGAUUCAAAUUGAUUUCUAUCAUUUCCAAAAGAGGACUUUGUAAUCCCACUACAGUACUUUCAUUUCUGACCUUGUUCAUUGUGUGCGUUUAUGCUAAAAUACCACAGAAUUUCCCUCUCUGCUUUUACACACCCAAUAUAAAACUUUGGAAAUCACUGGGAUACUCCUAUGAAUCAUCUAGAUGUGAUUCAUGCGAUGUUGGAAACAAGAGAGUGUAAUCACCACCUGAUGAAAACACUGUCACAAAGGGCUGGGAGAUGUUCUUGCGAUCGCCCUAACUGUCAGAGCACUUACGGUCCCUUAAAUCAACAAACUAACAUUAAACUAAACUAAAAAGAGCACAUGGGAACCCUAAUGAUCAUCCUGUGCUGUGUGCACUUCAAGCCAUGCAUUAAUGUCUUAUUAUGAUUAAUAAAAACUUGCUUAGGCAUCCUGGCUUCGCUUUUAUUUUAUCAUAACAUGACAUGGGAUUGACAGUUUUAAAUGGUUACAGUAAUAAGAAUUUUUCAGGCUUUUUUGUAAAAACUGUUGUCAUACCUUGUUUUAAAUUAAUAAGGAAAUUGUGUUUUUAAGAAAAUCACAUUUGACCUCUUGAAACCAAGAUUUUGUGAGAAUCAAUGUCAAAGUCAGAGAGUGCAGAAAGUUUAAUUUCUGCAAUUGAAAACAAACGUAUAUUGGAAACUCCACACUUCAGAUGUUACGUGUUGCUUCCAAGAACAAUAAUAUUCAAAUUUAAAUAACUUCUAAAGAAAAUGGUGGUCGUAAAUGGUGCUUGUUCAUGCAAAAAUCCCCACCACAAUGCAAGUGUUGUGGGUCUCUUUUAGCUUGUUGCAAUGAGGCUGGAGGGAGUUCUGGGUGCUUGCUUUCUCACCCAAAUAUCUCUGAUAUUCUGGUUGCUAGACAUGGCUCGGGUGCCUCCUUUCGAUCUGAGAACAUUGCAUGUUUGAUCACUUACAAAAAUCUGCUCAAAAUGCAAACUGUGGGUCCAUGGCGCGAUCAUUACAUACUGUAUAAACUAAGCAAUAAAUCAACAAUAAAGCGAGGAGCUUCAAACCAGGUUGACUUAAUAACCUUCAAAAAGUAGCAACUCUGGUAACAUUUUGUUUCAAGCAGGGCUGAACCCCAUAACAGGGUUAAUAAAGCAAGGUAGGUUGGUGAUCUGAACCACUCACACAGGAACCAAAAAUUGAGCAAAACGCUUCUCCAAACAAACACAUUUGCAUGUUUUCCCAGAAUUCAGAUCAUAGAGAGACCCUAAUGCCAACUAUCCUGGGAGGCAAAGACAAUGGAGGUCAUUUCUGUGGCGUCCCUUAAAGGAGACAUCAGAUGAAAAGGUGACCCAGAAAACGUUAAAAAUAAGAACCCAGUAAGUUUGUUUUGGUGUGCCUUUCCCUGCAAGCAUGUGAGAAAUCGAGCCGUUCAGAUUUCGCUCCGAUUGUGAGGUCCAAAGCAGAUUUUAUUAUAAUGCUACCGCCCCUUAAUCUACACAGUUCCACCCACCGCGCUCCGCCAUUGUUGUUUUCACAAGUGACAGCGGUGUACGUGACGCCAUUUAUAUUUUUCUUUACAUUUUUAUGCAUUUGGCAGAAGCUUUUAUCCAAAGCAACUUACAUUGCAUUAUCCUAUACAUUUGUUUCUAAGUAUGUGCAAUCCCCUGGGAUCGAACCCACAACCUUGGCAUUGUUAGCGCCAUGCUCUUAAAGGCUAAAGUUCGUGGACAACAUGCAAUGUAGUCGCUGCACAGAGUCCAAACCUAGGAAGAGACAGGAGUGGAUUUAUUUUAUUUUUAGUGGAAAUCCAUCUGAAUCCAUAAGUAAAAACCUGCUUGUUUGUGCAAAUCACUUCAAACCGGAGUGCUUUUUCAACCUGGGACAGUACAAGCAGGAUUAGCUUCAAAGUUGUUCCUCAAGAGGGAUCGAGACAAACGAGACAAAACUGCCGAUGUAAGUAAUAUUUAUCAACAGUCUGAAUUGUUGUAAAUGUACCGUAUAUAUAGGAGGAUAACGUUAGCAUAUGAUAGCGAAGGGAGCCAAGUAGGGAUGGGCGAUAUGGCCCUAAAACUCUAUCACGAUAAUUCCUGGUAUUUGUUGCGAUAACGAUAAAAAUGACGAUAUAUCCAUAACGCCAUCCACCGCUGUUUUUUGCGUCAAGUGAUAGUAGCUGCAUGUAGUCUAGACCCUCAGAAAAACAAAUAUUAUCAAAAAGUAAAACUUACCCCAAAUCAAACAGCUCCUAAAAUAUACCUACAGUAUUUUUGUAAAUAUAAAAUAUAAUGGUGAGAUUCGACUUCAAAAGGUUGUAGUAAAGAAAAGUUAAAUGAACUAAAGCUCAAUAAACACAUCAUGUCAUACCUAAAACUGUAUAUAUUCUAUUGUUGGGUGGAAAUGAUCGAUCGCAUCGCUGUCAAUCACUCUCUCUUGAACUGUGUGAACCUUCUCUUCUCACAGCAACAUACACUGAAUCUGUCUAUGACUCGCGCUACAGAAAGAGAACAGAAAAAUGCAGAUAAAAGAAAUCUAAUAAAAUAAUCCAUGCUUUUAUACGAUCAUAAACGUAUUUAAAAUAACGUAAUACAAACUCGCAUUUGUACUGUAUGUAAACAGGCAGCAGUGCUGUACACGCUGUGUCGCUAUGAAAGCACAUGUGGGCGCGAGCUGCGCACGGGACGCUCCGUUCAUCCUGUAUAUAACAGGCAAGAAAUCGUACUAAACAAUUUGCACACACGCACAUAACAUCUAACGAAUGUUUAAAUCAAUACUUUUAGCCAAACUAAAUGUUGUGGUGUAACGUAUUAUGACUAUCAACGAAUACUUAACAAACAAAUUAAAUAAAACGAAAGUGAAACUAAACAUUAACUCGGAUGCAUCUACAGUGCCAACCUAAAUGAGAUUUAGAGCUUUUAGUGCAAACUCUUUCUCAGCUUCACGUCCGCCCUCCGCUAUACCCGUUUUCGCUGCACAUAUGAGCUGUGAAUGGGUCUCACAAAGAAAUAUGUCAUAAACUAGAAUUUAUCGUUUAUAUCACGGGAAGACUAAUUCCUAUUGUGUGGGAAAUUUCUACCGGUAUAUCGCAAACGAUAUAAUAUCGCCCAUCCCUAGAGCCAAGUCAGUCACGGGCUAAAUAGAACAUUCAAAGCCAGUGUUAAACUUAACUAAAAAAGGAGUUUAGCUGUAUGAAUGUUAAUACAUUAUGUGCGUUAAUAUGUUUAGCUGCAAGCUGUUUGUUUUGCUAAUGAACAGGGGUGAACACUGGGGUUAGUUUCGCUUUAAACAUCUCAAAUCAUUCGUGCUUAGGCUGAACAGCAAACUAGCUCUCACGUUGUGUGUGUAACGUUAUAACUUGUCAAUGACAAGUGCUAAAAUCCAUGUAAUUCCGCUGAGAUCUAAAGUGGAUUCCGUGGAUUUUAGGUAAGCAUACACGCACAACAUAAGCGCAUUAGCUGUUUGCUGUGACUUAUUUUUUUGUCUCCGGACGAAUGAUUUGAGACGUUUAAGACGAAACUAACCGCAGAGGAAUUCAGGAAAUAUCAUUUAGCGAAACCAUUGCCACUGCAUGUGUGUUGUGUUGACACGCCGGACAGAAGGGGGGUGGGGUUCGCUGUAACUCUUGAUCAUUUAAAGAGACAUGGACCAAAACGGGUUGCUGUGAGCAUAGCUGUUUUUGACGAGGCAAGAAGGGUUUUGUUUACACAGCCAUUGAGUGUUUUUAAGCAAAAUAUGUUCCAGACAUGUCAUGAAGACCCUAAUAAAUCAUACAAUCUUGUUGAAAGUGCUCGUCUGAUUAGACCUUUAAAACAAACUCCAUGGAGUCACAGCAUGCACUCACUGUAGACAGGUCUAUUUUAGUCACAGGCUUCACCACAGUGAGUAACACAGACCAAAGCUUUGGUGUGGACUCAAAUGGCAGCCAGGUUAUCGUUAUUGAACCGCCCAUUCUUCCAAAAAAGCAAAAACACAUCCGGUCAGACUACAGUCCACCACACAAAAAGAAACACAGAACCCCUCUUUUUGCCUCUGAUGUCACAAUUACAAACUUGUCAUCUAUGAAUUUAAUUUUCACAAUCAAAACAAUCAACGUACUGGCAUUUGGGUUUCUUUUCAAACAGACUUCAGUUUAAUCAGAUAUUAAAGGUAACUAGCAGAGCUCUCUGGGUGGUGUUAACAACACCCCACGUGAGUUCUUCUAAUGUAGUAAAGCAGUCUAUUUUUAUUUAUCACUUGACCUAUCCCACUGCAGAUGCAUGUCAUCUCAAUACUUGUGUGACUUUCUCUGAGCUUUAUUUAGACUGGAGAUACAUUCAGGAAUCUGGAUUGUGAACCAAUAAAUACAACACUUUAUUCGCAGCAUGUAGGACAAAGAAUUUGUUUCAUCUGUGCUGUUCUAGAUCCAAUAGUAACUUUGUAACGUGCAUACAGUAACAAACAAAUCUUUUUUUAAGUGCAUACCUGAAUCUACUAUUGACUUACUAAGCACUAAAGCUUGUUAAAUGCUUGGUUAUACAUCACAAGCCAGAUUUUAAGCAUCCAAAAGCAUUUUUAACGUUUUGGAGGACAAUAAAAAUAAUGGCUAGACUUAAAGCCACAAUAUGGAAUAUUUGGAUAGCUAGAUGGCGCACUUUCGAAAUUACAACAAUAAUGACGUUAUGUAGGAGAGUGGAAUCAUGGGACAUGUCGUUUUCACCAUCCAGAGGCGUAUGGAGAUCGCCCAUCAUGUUCACGGACGAGGUAAUGAAUUAAUUUUAUUUUAUGUCAUCGUAAUGAAUUAUCUUGCAAGAAACGUGGAAUGUAAUGCUACGUUAGUCCGCGACUGAUAUUGGACUUUGUCCAUUGAUUUGGUAGCGUAAUGCUACACAGUUUUACGUGUUUAAAACAGUCAUACAGUCGUCGUUUAAAAAGUAAAUUUGAACGAACCCACAGCAUUUACAAGUAACGUUAUUGGCUACGUAUUUUUGUGCGACGUAUACCAUAUUUCAUAGGGUAACUGCAUUCAUAACUAUUCAAAUAAUCUGUGCAUGAGUAUUUCGUGUACAAUAAAAAAAUUGCUUACUUGUCUAUUAAAACACAUGCGAGAGCGGAGUCUCUGUCGAGUCCAAGUUGGUCGCGAAGCUCUCUCCAUUUUUAGAAAACGCCACCCCGAUAUUAAUCCUUGUUUUAUUUCUUUGUUUGUCCAUAAGCCUGCUUGCCUCAUUUGGCCUACGUUUACGUUUUUUGGGGGUUUCCUUUACUCGCCAAAGAGUAAUCGUGAUCCAUAAUAACAGAACAACAGAUGCUGCGUCCCAAAUGCUGUAUAACCACUUCCGCAUUUGCGUGUUGCCGUAGUUUCUACAACCGGAAACUGAGGGUAGUGCGGAGCAGCGGAUAUUAAGUCACUGAUAUGCGACAAAUACAAGGGAGAAAAGGGACGGGCCAUUAUUUUAAAUAGGAAUUUCUCUGGAUUUGCACAUUCUUGGGAACAUUUGGGAUAAUGUAAGUACACAACUGCAUGAAAUAUAUCACACUGUGCAAGUGAUUUUUGGAUAUUUCAUAACAAAAUUCUUCCAUGUUGUGGCUUUAAGUUUUAAAGUCUGAAUUAAGUUAAUUUACAUGCUACAUGCUGGCUGUCUCAAAACCCUGUUAUCUGCCAAACUACACAGCAUGCAAGAUCAGCUACAACAUUCUAUGGUUAUACUGAUCACUGUCGUAAUGGUGAUAUUUUAUUCAAACUGCGAUUACAUUUUCAUUCGACAACAUUAAUGAUUAAAGCAAACGAUGGGGAACUGGGAGUCUAAUUAACUCUGUGUUUCCAUUUUAGAUGGCUAUACUGCAUACUGACUCUGUUUCAAAAUAGUUUCAUACAUAGACAUCAGGAAAUCAUAGCUUAGAAACUAUAAGAGAUCAAGUCAUUACAGGCACACUGAAAUCGAUCGCACGUGUUUCUGUGUGACUGAUCCACAUACAAUAAGAUUUAGGACAGGAUGAGUUAUUUCAGAUCAUAGAUCCCUAAUUUCUCACCUGUCAGAUAUAAUCCAGGUGUCCUCCGCUCAUUGUACACACUUUAGCUGAACUCACAGCACGUAGACGAGUGCGUCUCAUUCUGCUGCCAUCUUGUCCUGAGUCCACACUCCACAACGCGAUCCGCCGCACUUUACACAUCAAAAACGUCGACGGUAGAGCCGAUUGGCGACAGCGACGCAAGGCCAGGACACGUCGGUGAGGCGGGAGCUCUCCUGACGGUAAUACGGGCGGCGGAGCACAUGAUGUGUGCGAGGAGAUCAGCUCUCAGCUGCGGGAGCAUUCCAUGUCUGUUGCUUAUGACACUGCAGUCAGACACGAACAAUCGAGCGACGAUUAGACUGUAGCAAAGACUGUAGAUGAAAACAAGACGCCGCAGUGCUAUUACUGUACACGAGGAAAAGUGCAAGCAUGGACACAGGUGUCAAGACUGGCUGAAAAUAACAAGCACAAUAACAUUUCUCAACCGUUUUAAUUCUUGACAAGCCGGAGUUUUCACAAUUUCUUAUGAAUUAAGCGCUUAAAUCAAUAAUUCCAUGGGGGAGGAGCUCUGUAUGGGGCAUUAUGACGCGCUUGCCAAACUUUGCGCAUGAGCAUUAAAGUAAACUGGGAAAAAAUGAUUAGUACAAAUUGAGUUUAAGAAACAAUGUAUGGUAACGUGGUAACACUUUAGAAUAAUGGUCCGUUGUUAACAAGUAACUAUGCAGAAAGUAAUAGGCAGUACUACAUGAAAUAUAUGGAAGCAUAUGUGUUGCAAAAUUCAAUUUGCAAUGUAAUAUGCAAAAUGGAAAUGCAAUAUUCAAAAUGGCAAUGUAUUUCUGUAUUUAAAUUUACAUUUUCCAUUACUCACAUGUGCAAAGUUUGGUGCAGAAGGAAAAUGAAAUUAUAUUAUUUACAUUUGCCAUUUCCAACAGCAGUCUUAAUAUGUAAAGUGCAUACUUUUUAACGCUUUAUAAGUAGCGAAAUUGAAAUGAAAAUGUAUAACCCAAAUUGAUUUGAUAUGUGUAACGUCCAAGCAAAAAUAGUAGCAAAAUGAUCAUUUAAAUGUUAUUUGUCCUAAAUGCAUUUAGACUAACAGUUAGGACACUUACGAUUGCAUUUUCAUCAUGACGCCGUGGGAUAUUUGUAGCAAAAUUCAGUGCGGCUUUGAAAAUGCAUUCCGAGCUGACCACGCCCACCCUCAGUCAAUCACUGCGUCAAGGCGGGGAUUACUUUGCGUUGUCAUUGGUAUUUGAUAACUGGCGGGAGGGAACAUGGCGAAGUCCGUUCCAGAGCUUCUCCGAGAAGCUGCUCAAGCACUGGAGCGGCAAACUGCAAAUGUUGGCCCUUCAGAAAAUCCAUCGUCUGGUCUGAGCGCGACGCCUCCGGAUCGAAGUGGUGGGACACGUGCAGAGGUUUUAAGAUUGUUUGCACCAUAUUCAAAUUCACGGGGCCGUGUGCCGAAACGUCCCAGCACCGCUGGACCUUCAGCAAAAAAAUCUAAAAGUGUUUCCUACACCCAUCGUUUUUUUUGCCUGUCCAAGAGAAAGGAAUGUGAGGUGCCAAGUCCAUCAGUGAAAAACAAAUUAGAGAGGGCAGGAAUAGGAGAGAAGAGAAUCACCAUUCCAGACAAAUACUGCACUCCUCAGGAGUUUUAAGACCAUCUCUUUCAGCAUUUCCCUAUGUUGAAAGAUUGUGGUGGUUUCCAGCUCUUGCGAUCCAGAGGAUCAACACGUUCCAAAAAAUUAGACACAAUACCCUGUCCAGAUGAUGGGUAUUCCCCUGAGUACCUCUUAAGUGAGUCUGUCAUGGUUGGGCAGGCUCUCAUAUAUAUCAGGCCACUCCAGAAAGAUAUAGAUCUGCAGACUCUUGAGAGUGACCAGCCUAUAUCCUCUGGACCACUGACAGAAUGCUUGUACUGCAACAAGAAGUAUAGCCUGUCAGAAAUACAAGACCAUGUUGAUGUUUGCGAAAAGUUUCAUGAGUCAGGCAAAGUGAUAUCAGAUAGCACUGGCAGUACAAGACAGGAAGAAAUGGCAGCAACCAUGUCAGAGGAUAAUGCUGAAAGGGAGGAAAGGGCCUCAACAUCACUCAAUGCUGUUUUCUCAGCCAGUACCAGCCCAUCAGCGGAGCCUGCCAUUGAAGAGUGGAAGAUUGAACCGGAUCUUGAAUCAGCUGCCCGGAUAUAUCGAAGACAGAUCUUAAAGAAUGCAGAUGACAAACCAGACCUAGUUGUUACACUAGAUCUGCACAGCUGUGAAAAGGAUCGUGAACGAGAAAUGUUAGCUUUUUAUAAACGUCCAAAUGUUGAUUGGACAAGUCCAUUAACUGUAAAACUUAAAGGAGAUGCUGCAUUAGGGGAUGGAGUAAAACGGCACUUUUUCACAUUGAUAAUGGAAAAGCUCCACCAUGGAUUUGAACUUGACAUUGAUAACUGUGGCAAAACGCUGCUCUUCAAUGGCGAAGAUGAUCACAAGGUUCCUUCAACAUCCAGAGCACUCUUGGAUGGUGAUCUGUUCAGAGUUGUGGGAAGAAUGAUUGGACAUACAUUUAUUAAUGAAGGUCCACUCUACUCAGGACUUAGUCCAGCUUUCUUCCCCCUUUUAAGUGGCAGUAAGGACGAUACUCCACUUUUCGAAUUGAAGGACUGUCCUGAUACAGAUGUGAUUGAAGUUGUGUCCCUUCUGGAAAGCCAGAAUGAACUGAAUCAGAAUGAAAUGGAUAAUAUCAACAACCUGGCCAUCAACUGGGACUUGCCAGCAGUCAGCAACAGCAACAGAAGGUGGUUGGCAGAAACCAUUCUCCACCAUGGGGUUAUUGGUCGACGUGAAAAACAGAUCUCUCAGCUGCGGAGAGGACUCAAAGAUACAGGUGUUUUGAGAAUGAUAAAAGAACGACGCAGUUUAACUGCAGUACUGUUUCCCAGAUCUUCUGCACUGCUGAUGGAACCAGAGAUGAUACUUAGGAAAGUCAUCUGGCCAGAACCUGACAGUGAUGAUGAAGCCCCUUUGAACCUGGAGCAAUCUUGUGAUGUUACAGCUUUCUUGCGUGAAUAUAUUCAAACAGGAUCACCUGCUGAACUGUGCGAGUUGCUGAAGUUUUGGACUGGCUGGGCUGUUCUCCCUCAACACCUGUAUGUGGAAGUAUCACCUGACCUAUCACUCCCAGUGGCUUCAACCUGCCUCACAACACUGAAACUCCCUUUAAGAUGCAGAACCUUUCUUGCAUUUACACAAGCAAUGAGAGCCGCAGUUUCAUCCACAAGAUUUGGCUUUGGCCUUAUCUGAGUUGUA